AUGGUCACGAUCACUGUUGGCCCUGAUGGCUCCGAGCAGACGUUUGUCGCCCACCAGUCAGCAAUCAGUUACCACUCGCCAUUCUUCGCUGCAGCAUUCAGGAGCAACUUUGUCGAAGGUGUUGUUAUGAAGACAACCCAUGUCGGCCUCCGUGACUUGAUUCUUCUCGCCUACAAGUCCAAGAUUCAGAGCCCUUUGAGGAAGCUCCUCGCCGAUGUUAUGGCGCCUAAUUCAGCUCAAUCCCUCAGAAAAUUUCUGGAAAAUUUUCUGGAGGGAAUUGAUACGCGAAUUGCUGUUGAUAUCGCCACGGAUAUUGCAGUACUUUUGAGAACUGAGGGUCAAAAGUUGAACCACCAACGCGGAGCAAUCCCCAUCCAGAGUUUAGUCCCCAUCCAGAAGCACUACGUGGAUAUUCCGGAGCGAAACGAAUCUUAAUCAGACAAUAUAAGGAGGCCAAAGUACAGGGCAAAAUUAAGUUGAGAGAGCAUUGGUCUUUGCAAGGAAUGGGUGCAGUGGAAGCAACUAUGAGACACAUGACGCGCGUCAUGAUAAAGAUUGCCGCCUUAUUGCUGCUACACCUUGGCUGUGGAAAGACUUGGACUUGGACAUGCUUUUUUCUCAGGAAAUAAAUGGCGAUGACAAUAAUCAAGAAGGAAUUGAAUGCAG